UUCAUCGUGUGAACAUCGCCUCGUUCGUUCGGUCAGAUACAGAUACAUUUCAAGUUCGGUUCUGAAAAAUCACAAAAAUCCAAAUUCAAUAAAUUGUGAAAGUACAUGAAAAAAGAAGAAAUAAGAAAGAAAGCCACGCAGAAGAAUUGUGCAAAAAAGUAAAGUGCCCAGUGAAGUGUGUGUGUGGCAAAAAUGCCCAAGAGAAUUUAAUGAGAUCAGAGUGCUAGCUAAAAUUCAAAUCAAAUUAUCAAAGAAUACCUAAAAAUACUCGAAUAAAAAUACUCAACUCAAAAUGAAUCUCCGCAUCCUGCUGCUCAUGAUCUCGAUGAACACGAUCCUCGCCUAUUCCACCUGGCCGAUUCGCACCUCAUCGGCGCUUGACACGCAUAAUAAUCACCUUGACGUGAGGAAUUCGACCUUGUUCGUGCCCAGGUCCACCUCCCAUCCACCCACGCACAACAACCACAACAACGAGGAAGAUGAAGAGGACUAUGACUACGGCGAGGAUCAAGAGGAUCAUGAGCCCACCAAUGUGGCCUUGUUGUUUCACAAGCGGGUGCCACGUCACCCGGGCAACCAGGCAGUGUCGCGCCUCCAGUCUCCGUCCCGCAGACUCAGCUUCAACGUCAACGCCCCCUGGCAGCAGAAUGAUAACGAUAAUCACCUCAAUUGGCACAGUAACGCCGACGAGAACGAGGGGGACGACGGCUAUCAGUCGGAUCAGGCUCAACCCGGCGAGCUGACGGCCAGGAAACUGCAGCAAGUGGGAACCCAAGAAGGCGUCCUGGAGUACAGAAAAUAUCACACCAAUCUACAGGAACUCAAUCAAAUGGCAAGGGAACACCGAGCCUUUGUGCAACGUGAGGGCCGUUGUCGUGUGCCAAAGCCGCAGGUGAUCUACAUGACCAAGGAGACAAAUACGGUCUACUCCCCGCGUGCCACAAUCCUGCAUCAGUGCAGUGACACCGUCGGAUGCUGUGAUCCGGGAUUCACCUGCAAGAUGAAGCGGAACGAGACCGUGAACCUGGUGUUCUCCGUUCACGUCAACAACAAGUCAAUGGCCCGUAUUGUCCCAAUGCUGAACCACACCGAAUGCGGCUGCGUGAAGGUGGAGAUACGGCGCAAACGGAGCACAGCCUGCCGAUGUCCCAAGCACUUUAUCGACUUUAGCUGGCCGGUAAGUCAGUUGGAGGAGGAGGAGGAGCAGCAAAAGCAGCAGGCAGAGCAGCGUUGCCGAUGCGACUGCCAUCUCAGUGAUGAUACCUGCAAGCGGCUAAAGAACGGCGAGGAGGGAUUCUCCGUGAUGGAAAGACGCCGCAUUCAAAGCGGUGACAGCAGUCCGCCGUUCUGCAAUUACGGCCCUUACGAUAUGAAAAAUGGACGCUGUCCCCGUCCGGGCUAUCAGAAUCAAAAUCAGAAUCAGUAUAGGAAUCCCAAUUCGAACCCCAAUCUGAGCUAUUAUCAGCCAGGACAUUUCCAGUCAAGGCGCCUGCAUGGCAAGAGCUAAACCAAAAUCCCCCAGAACCCCAGAACUGUGCAUAAACUAAAAACUACUUAUACACUACCACUACUUACGCUACUUACUACUACUAUUUAAAAUUUAAAGCCAUACAAAAUCCAUAGCAGUGGGAAGGAUCUUAGAGAACAGCUUCAAUAAAAUACAUCUAGUGGAACACUUCCAAUAUGUUAAGUCGUUAGUUUUAAGAGCCAUAAUAUGGAAAGAUUGCCUUAAUCUAAUGAUCCGUCGUCAUCCGUCAGUCCUGUGCAGAUUAUUUAUAAUUAAAAAAAGAAAUACUAAUUAUACAGCAUUUACUAUUUAAAUAUAUUCUCUUGGAUGCGAGAUGCCAGUGAAACCAGCCCAGAAAUGAUUCGAAUCCCAUGAAGAAGAAGUAUUGUCAACCAACAACAUUCGAGUGUACUUAAGUAAACGUCGAUUAAGUUCAUCUCUUAAGCUACUUUAUGUUAUAUAUAUAUUUGUAUACAAUUAAACGAUACUUCUAGUCACA